AGGCGAGAGAACAAAACCCUAGUCGCCAAACAAACUAAAGAUCUCUUCUUUCCUUCCUCCGUUCCCAACACCAGAAAUCUCAAAAUGCCUUUCAAGCGUUAUGUUGAGAUUGGGAGAGUUGCUUUCGUAAACUACGGAAAAGAUUAUGGUAAACUUGUAGUGAUUGUUGAUGUUAUCGACCAAAACAGGGCUCUUGUUGAUGCUCCUGAUAUGGUGAGAAGCCAAAUGAGCUUCAAGAGGCUCUCCUUAACAGACAUCAAGGUUGACAUUGGCAGAACCCCUAAGAAGAAGGUUUUGAUCAAAGCCAUGGAGGCUGCAGAUGUUGAGGGGAAAUGGGUAAGCAGCUCUUGGGGUAGAAAGUUGAUUGUUCAUAAGGAAAGAGCCUCCUUGAACGACUUUGACAGGUUCAAGAUCAUGUUGGCGAAGAUCAAGAGGGGUGCAACUAUUCAACGUGAGAUCCCACUGGUUGAGCUCAAGGAAGCUAGGUUGAAGACAUCUAUGAAGCUGUUGCAUCUGAUGCACAAGGACUGUACGGGAAUCUGUUUAAUGAGGAAAAAAGAAUUAGCUAGUUGAAUUUUUACUUACUCUUUAGUCUCCUUAUGGUACCAUUUUAAAGAUCUAGUAAUUACAGUUGCUUAUAAUAAUCUAUCUACUUGUAUCAGAGAUUCUGUUAUGUAAUCUUAGCCAACAUCUGUCUUCCACUCUUU